AUGCCGCCACCACUCCCCUUCCCCUACCCAAUACACGUUGGCACCGAUAUCUGCAACGUGAAGCGCGUCUUGCGCUUGCUGCGCGGCGACCACUGCGCGCGAUUCAUCCGACGAGUGCUGACCCCCGAGGAGUUGACCAGGGCGAAGCCCGUCGUCCAUAAAGUUCUAGAAGCCGCCUCAAACAGGACGGCCGCCCAGCUGGUUGGGACCGGACUUGAAGCAGACGAGCGCAUGGAAUCGCUCUGGGCCCUGAGGGGUGGCGCGGGGCGGGAGGCAUCGCAAGCGAUCAGACCGCAGGCGGAGGCGCGGGAAGACGACGUCCCUUGGAACCCAGACACAGCAGCAGCCGAGGGAGAAGGAUUGGAUUGGAGAGAACAUUCCAUGUAUAGGAGGGCGGCUUAUUUUAUGGCCGGAAGGUUUGCGGCAAAAGAGGCGGCCUUCAAGGCUCACCCGCAUCGCUACCUCGGAUUCCAUGACGUUGUGGUCUUGACUUGGCCUGAGAAUCAGCAAAUGACGACUCGGCCGCCGACAGAGGACGCGCGCGGCUGGUGGAAUCCCGCUGUGUGGAAUCACAAUGCCCCCAUCGUUGUGAUCAAAGCUCCGGGUGGAAGUGGAGGUAGGGACCAGAUAGCCAGGGUGACCAUCAGUCAUGAUGGCGAUUACUCGACAGCCACAUGCAUUGGGUUCGAGGCCGACGCCGCCUGGGACAAGGACGGGCAUGGUCGGGGGAACGCAGGGAAGGGCUGGCUCCCCUGGUUUUCGAGGUUAUGGAGGUGA